UCAGACAAACAGAGUCAUAACAACGAUCUUACAAUCAAUAAUCAAAUCCAAAUCCAAUCAUGUCCAUCAACACCCUCUUCCGCAAACUCAUCGACCGCUAUCAACAAGCCCGUCAGAUCCACCAAUCCCCCUCCUCCCACAAAGCAGACCUUCUUCGCCAACGAGAUGAAGAACGUACUUCGGGAACGGGAGAUGGUCUCCUUCACAUCGCUCUGCAACCCGCAAAUCAAUCGGUGAAUAGCUUUACGGCGGCGGAUCCGGCAAAGUAUUAUCAGAAGGGGAGAGCUUGGGAUAAUAUGUGAUGAUUGGGAGGAGGAAGGAUGGAUGGAUAGAUGAUUGAUAAGAAAGGAUACGAGUACGUGGGAAAAAGAAGAAGGGAAGACAGAAAAAUGGAAUACGGCAGAGCAGGGGGAACAUUCUAACAGGGGAAGGAUUUUAACAGGGGAUUGAAGUUCAACAGGGGAAAGAAUUCCAGGGGAAAGAAUUCCAACAGGGGAAAGAAUUCUAACAGGGCGAAAAGUUCCACCAGGGGGUUGUUUUUGGAGUCAGAGAAUAUAACAGAGACUAAAAACAGAGAACACUGAGAGAGAGAUUGAGAGAUUGAGAGAGAUUGAGAGACAGAGGAAAGGAGACAGAGAAAAGGAGACACAGAAAAGGAGACACAGAAAAGGAGACACAGAAAAGGAGACACAGAAAAGGAGACACAGAAACAGAGAGACAGAACAACAACA